UCAGAUACUCUCCGUUGAUUGCUGAGAGGCAAGGGACGCAAUUAUUUAGUUAUUUUUUCAUUUUUUUACAGUGCCUGUUGAUAUUACAGGAAAUGUUUAGGUGAGUCAAAUUUUACGCCAAUUCAACAUCUAGACGAAGACAACAUUAUAGGAAUGAACUCGUAAACCAUAUGUUUCAUUACAUUUUCUUCAAGCUUCUAUAAACCCAUUAAACCAGUGAUAUGGCUAGGGAAUACGAUCAUUUAUUUAAAUUACUCAUAAUUGGUGAUAGUGGUGUCGGAAAAAGUUCGCUCCUGUUAAGAUUCGCCGAUAACACCUUCACUGGGAGUUACAUCACUACCAUAGGAGUAGAUUUCAAAAUCCGGACGGUCGAUAUCGAAGGAGAAAGAGUAAAGUUACAGAUAUGGGAUACCGCUGGUCAAGAAAGAUUUCGAACCAUUACUUCUACGUAUUACCGAGGAACUCAUGGAGUAAUUGUCGUUUAUGAUGUAACCAGCGGUGAGUCAUUUGCCAAUGUCAAACGAUGGUUGCAUGAAAUCGAACAAAACUGCGAAUUUGUAAAUCGAAUCUUAGUCGGUAACAAAAACGAUGCUCCAGAUAGAAAGAUAGUUGUAACCGAAGAUGCGCAGCGAUUCGCUGAUCAAAUGAAUAUCUUGUUAUAUGAAACUAGCGCUAAAGAUAACGUUAAUGUCGAAGAGAUGUUCAUGGCUAUAACGAAACAAGUCCUAAGAUCUAAAAAGGAAAGGCAAGAAAGACAAGGUAACCAAGCAGACGAUAGGAUUACUUUAGAUAAACGCUCGAGGAAACCAGUUAAGCGAAAAUGUUGCUAAUGUUCAAAUUGUUUUCUUUUUUUUUUACCUAUGUAUAUUUUAUAUUUUUAAUCGAUUUUUAAAUAUUUACGUGUAAAAAGAAAGUUUGAAAGGGAGUAAGAAAUGUCUUCGUAUGGGUUAUAUUUUCUUGUGUUCCCUUCUACAUAUUUCCUGUUCUGUGAAACAUCGUUUUUUAUACGAUCGAUAAUAUUUAACUUAAUAUUGAAUUCGAUGUGUUUUUAAUACGUAUUUAAUGUAUUGUAGUGAAUAUUUUUAUACGCCUGUACAAAUUUUAUAAUCAAAUCGUUUAUAAUUUUUCCUUCGAACAUUCUAUCCGUAUAAGCAUGUUUUUUUUCUCGUUUUCCAAUACUUACUCGAUGAAUCUGUGUUUACCGUUAUUUAUGCUUUUCAAUUUUGUGAUUUAGAAUUAAUAUUGAUCGUGCGUGUUUGUGUAGAGUAGGAAAGGUUCGGUUAUUUUAAGAUUUUAAUUUUUUCAAAAUCGUUAAACCCAUUAUUACAAAAAACUGAUGAGUAUUCGUGUUUCGAACAAAAUAAGCCAAAAAUAUUAUUUUCUGUUACGAAACAUACCUAUUAGUUAAAUUUUAAUAUCUUUAGCUUCAAGUUUUUUUUUCAUUUUUUAUUUUAAUCUUUUUUUAUUUCAAAUCUGGAAUAUUUGAAUCAUAAAAUGAUACAAAAUUUACCUAGAUGCAAUUUUUAAUAGUUAAUCAGUAAUACAAUACCGUCCUACAUAUUAUGAUUAAUAAAGUAGUCGGAAUUAUUAUUUAAUUUUAUCCAAUACUCGUAUUCCAAGUUAAGGAAGUUGAGUGAUCGACCAAUCUUCAUUAGUUCAAAUGUAUUUACCGUGGUGUCAAAAAUGAAAGAAUUCAUUCCGUCGAAUUAUACGUACUCGAUUCGGCGAACAUUCAAAACGAUUUGUAUCAUUCAUCAAAUGACGUAGUAUAAUUGGUAUGAUUAAUUGGUCUAUCUCUGAUAAAAUACUUUUUUUUUCUCUCAACCGAAAAAACUUCUGCGUUAAGUUAGCUUCCAAAGUUAAUUAUAAGGUACACUUGGCUUUUAAUGCUUGAUUAUUUAAAGUAUUCGUGUAUUAGGAAUCAUUCCGAGGGGUUGAAAUCAACGCGUUGAUUUAGCAUUCCAAUAAUAUUAUGUACCUAUUCUAAGAAGUAAAAAUGUAAUAUAGGAGGCAUUAUCAACGUAUCCUAGUCUUACAAAUAACCCCUUGAUUUUAUUAACUGUAAGUACCCGUCAUUCCUUAACCAGUAUUUUUUCCUAAAUAUUGGUUUCGUGAUCUGAGAAAUUUUACUCGUUUUUUUUUCUUCUUCACUCUCUGUGCAUUUUAAACUCAUUUCAAUGUUUUUGAAUAUAUAGUAUGUAUUGUACCAUUUAUAUUCUAUAUAAUAUAUUGUGUAUGUUAUAACCAUCGUGUACUGUACCAAACCAUGGUUUUAUUUAUUUGUUACAAGUGCUGGCAAUUAGUUGAUUUUCACGACGAGACGUUAUACUAUACAUACGUUGAUUGGAACUUGGAAGUGUUUCCUUUUUCUAUGUAUCUAAUUGCCGUCACGUUUUUUAUUUGUGACUGUCUCUGUAUAAUAAUCACUUUUAUGUUAGCUUGCCAAGUACACACGUAUUUUUUUCUUUUGUAAAUUUUAUUAUUAUAUUUUAAUAUUGUUGAACAAAAUAAUCAUUUUAUUGGUUUUUUAAUGAUUUUUGUAUUAUAUAUAUACGUUGUGUACAAGUGUGAA